CACUGUCCUUCCUCAGAGAAGCAUACUCUCUCCCUACUGCUCCAGAAUGGCCCCUACCUGCAUCAGAGACUCUGACACCUCCAUGCUCUCCACCAAAGACAAACAUAAAUUAAGGAAACCAGCCGUGGAGAAAAUGCGCAGAGAUCGCAUCAAUAUCUGCAGAGAGCAGCUCAAGGCUCUGCUGGAGAAGGAGUUCCACAAGCAGGACCCCAACGCCAAGCUGGAGAAGGCUGACAUCCUGGAGAUGACCGUGGUGUUCCUGAAGCAGCAGCUGCAGUCCAGGAGUAUGGCCCCUCUGAGGGCCCACGGUCAGGGCUACUCCCAGUGCUGGAGGGAGGCGCUGCACUUCCUGUCUGCCAGCUCCACCAAGGAUGCCACACUCCAACACCUCCAGCACCUCCAGCAUCUCCAUGGUGCCCAGAGAGUAUCCCUGGACGUCUGUCCCGCCUCUCCCCUCUCCUCCCAGCUCCACAGCCAGGGCCCAGUCAAGCAGGCCACCAGCACCCACAAACCAGUGUGGAGGCCCUGGUAGGGCCCCUGUACAGAUUCUGUACCUGGAGGACUGUCCACCAUCCUGAGUAGGAAACAUGUUUCCAAAUGUUUUACUGGAUGUUCUACAUUUCUUGAUAGAAAUGAACUCCACUGAUGUUGCUCUUGCAGAGAAAAAGCUGAAAACAGUUUUACAGUACUUCGUUAUGAAGUAGAUGUUUUCAAUAUACUUUGAUGAGUGAUGAAUGCAGUGUGUGCUUUUGUGAAGCACUAUUGUGUUGUUUAACCCUUUCAUUUUCUGAGAAAAUGUUGUGUAAAGAUGUUAUCUUUAUUUACUGAUGGUUGCUUUGCCAACUGAAAAUUUUCUUUAACUUCCGUUUUUUAUGUUCCUAUUGAGGGAUAUUGAUUCUAAGAUAUGAACGUCCUUUUUGUAAAGGUUUUGUGAAUCCUUUUGUGAAGGAUAUUGUUAUAAUUACUUGAAUAUGCCUUUUGUAAAGGCUACUAUUAUCAUAAUUUAAAUAUGCCUUUUGUAAACAAUAUUAUUACCAGUAUGCAAAUAUUUUUUUUGUAAAAUAUGCAAAACCACUAGCUGUUCAAUCAUAUA